AUGGAAACAGUCUACGAUGAGAUAGAGAUAGAAGAUUUCACAUUUGAUCCUGUUACUCAGUUGUUUCAAUACCCCUGUCCUUGCGGAGAUCGAUUUGCCAUCAGCAUUGAUGAUUUACAGGAUGGUGAAGAUAUUGCCGUUUGUCCUAGCUGCUCAUUAAUGGUGAAAGUUAUAUUUGAGCCUGAGGAUUUACAAGAAUAUUUGGAUGAAAUCAGUUGA